CUUUUGGAAGCUUUACGUUUGAUCCGGUAAACUUCAUCCCGGUCACUCUUGAUGUGACCGUGAUGUCGCAUCAAGACUUUGCGGCAAUAUGGUUAACUCUGCAAGGCCGCCUGGAUAUCGACAACAUUGUGCAAGAGCUGACCGGUCGCUACUUCCUCGAGUCCUCUAAGCAGAAAUCAGACCCUACCUUAUAUCGUGCGACAUCGUUUGCGCAUGUCGUCGCGCUCAGAGCCAUCUUCGAUUUACAACGAACUUAUCUUCAGUCAUCAAACCCAAGCUUUGAAACUAAGUCGUCGAUACUAGACCCUAGAAUCCUAUUUUCAACCCUUUCGCAUCUACUCGAAAUCAAAACCUCGGCCUUCUCUGCACAAGAUGGUUUGCCUGACCAUGAAGCGUAUUGUGGUUUCAUCGGUCAGACCCAACUCUCAGGACUUCGUGCCUUGCUACUUCAGAGCGCGCACAUUACUGGACGAGACUAUGAAGAUUUCACCUUGAGGCUUUCCAAAGCAUGGAACCGCGAAACACUUCGUGGAGUAGAUUUAUUUGUUGAUCUUCUCUGUCGGCAGAUCCUUUCGGAGCUUUGCAAUGGGCCGAAGGAAAGCCACCGACAGUACUGUAAGCCGGCCUGCGGUCUGGUAAAUUUUCAGGACUUUGAUCGCGGACUUUGUCCCAUUGAAGACCAUGACAAUACGCUGAUGAACGCUGUCCAAAAUGCCUCGUCCGCAUCACCAAUGUCUGCAGAUUGGUUUCUGUGCGCACUGGUGCUCUAUGACACCAUGUGGAGUACUGUUGCAGCUAUGAUUCAAUUAUGUAUAGAUUCGCAGGGCCCGAAAGACCCCAAUCACUGGUCUUUCGACGCGGCUCGCCUUACACUUGUGCCUCGUUUCAAGAUCUUAGAUCAAAUAUAUCGACAUUCAAAAUUCCCAACCACACCCCAAACUUUGGAGUGGGCGCAAGAGCAAACGAAAUCACUCAUCUGCUCCGGGCUCCACCCUUCUUGUUUUGGCCCUGAAUGCACUUGCCUGGGCGAUAAUAUGACAGGUAUACAACAUCUGUGGAAACAACAUAUCAGCCAGCAGGCACGCAAUGCCAUAGACCAGCAUUUGUCGCACAAUCAGUAUCUGGAGGUCGAACCCUCUUUGAAAGAGUUUCAGGCAAUUUUGGAGGAGCGCCAUAGUACACUUCCUGUUUUUGCCACAGAGAUAAAACAUAUAUCGCAAAAGAUCAGUGAUGAUAUACAAGAUUGGUAUCCAAAACCUCCGCGUGGAUCUGCAAGCAACAAACACACUCCUCCUGACGAUGUCUUUCUAAUGGGUUGUCCCGAACUUCAUCCGAUCCCUGGAAAGGAUCUUCUCCGAAGUCUCAAGGACCAUUCGUUCGAAGGGCCGCAGCCAGCAAAUUUAUCAUUGGCUGAAAUUCGCCUGCUGAAGGAUUUCCCAGCGAACAUUACUUGCAACCAGUGUGCAUGGACUUCCAGCACUAUUUCUGCUCGUAAGGUAGAGCCUUUGUCGAAAUUAUCCGAAUACAUACAGGAGAAGUUGCGAUCACAACGCAAAAUUGCCAAGUCGAGGAUCGAUCGGCUGUCGAGCGCUUCAAACCUAUCAACAUUGCCGUCUCAUCCCGAAAUACUUCCCCUCCGCUGCAAGGGUGCGACUCCACGAUCACAGAUUGUUACGACCGAAGUGGUACAGACGACCCCAAUAAAUACUGGAGCACAAAAUCUUCGACCUAUGGUAGACGUCGGCCGACCUACCAAUGAGCAACCCAACCGAUUCUCAACGGGCCCUCGAUCUCCUCCGAGAGCUGUCAAUGAGGGUAGGAUGAGUACAAAGAGCCCAAGUCUUCGCAAACCUCUUUCCAUAGCAAGUACAUACAUCGGGUCCACGAGCAGCCCCCUUACUCAAGCCAGUACCAUGUCGCGUUCUUCUUCCAGAUCCGACUCCAGACAGGGCUUCAGUCCACUUCCAUUCCCAUCGCAAGCCGAGUGCACAACUCUGCCCGAGGUAGUAGAACCCCCAGACCCGUUCAGAUUACAGAGUCCAAAGUCUGUACGGUCUUCAGAUGCUGCUUCCACGCAAUCGUAUCAGUCACCCAAAUAUCAAGAGCGAAAACCAUGGUCGAUCUUCAAAUCGAAGGGUCCCAAGACGACUUCUUCGAUCACUUCGUAUGCAUUUUUUACGUCGGGAAGGAGUCUCGUUAUUUGGAAUGAUGCUGGAGCGAUCUGCUACGAUCUCGAGAAUAGUCCAGAGAUUUCAGUGAGGGUAGUGGAGGCUGGGGACAUUCUCCUUGCUGCAGGCGGUACAAGGAAAUACGCAGUCGUGAGCAGAAUGGGCUCUGUCAUAACCCUCCGAAGCUAUCAAGACAGGAUCAAACGCCCAUUCCACGAGAUGGAGUUGGAGGAAGUGCCAUUCAAGAUGGCGAUUUCGAGCAACGACCAUUAUCUCGCAUUGAAAUUCGGCACCAACGUUCGCAUACUGGAUACACUGACUGGCGCUCUAUUUCAUCACAAGUUACCUACGCAAAAUGGUCGGUGUGGACAGAAUGAUCACCUUGUUUCCUUCUCGACGGACUGCCUUUCGUUUAUUGCUUGUACGAGAUACGAGCCGGAGAAGGUGAUCUCAUACCAUUGCGAAUGCCAAACGCCAGCAAAUUUUAGCAGUGUUGAGAGUAGUGCCCCAUCUGGCCUUGUCUCCGACUCCGGCCUCUCCUCCAUUCUCCUAACCUCCAAAUCUGCCUUCCUAACCACUUUCACCGAACGCGGCUACCCCACCUACCUCUCCUUCCACUCCUCUCCCUCUGCCCAUAUUCUCAGAGACCAAGACCUCCGCAUCGGCUCCCGCAUCCACAAAGCUGCCUUAUGCGCCACUGGCCAAAAUCUCGUCUUGUUAAACGACCGUAAUCAACUAUUUUUGAUGGCAAACCCCUUCGGGAGAGAACAGGCGCCGAUUAAAAUUGGGCAGGUGAAAAGGCAGACGAGUGUAAAGAGGGAGGUGGAGGUGGCGAUGCCGGGAAAGGAUGAGGUUAAUGUUUUUUGGGUAGAGAAGGGAAAGGGGGUAUUUGUCACGGUGGGCUUGGGCGGAGGCAAAAGUAGACCGGUUGAGAUUGGGGUUGAUGUCGAACAGAUAUUGGCCGCGGAGCAUGGACUUUAAUUCUGUUGAACCAGACUCAUUUUAUUUCCUUGUCUAACAACUUUUGACUCGGCAUCUACUGUACAUGAAGGCCUAAGUGGGUUUAUCUUGAUAGAUGCUUCUCCCACUCUGUUAGGUGUGAUGAGGGCCUGUUUCGCAGCCCUUGAGUGUUCGGAUGCUGCCGAUAUCGUAUACUAGC